CUCAAAAUAAGUGUCGAUAUUAGCAUACUCAGAUAAAAUAUAUUCAAGCUAAUCCUUACCGCUGUUGCCUUUGUCGGGCAAACUGUACAAUUCGCAGAUGCGGGCGCAAUCCCUCCACAACGUCGGAGUGUGCUAGGGGACAUAGAGGGGGCGAUUUGGAUUCGACUGUGCGUCAGGGGCGAUGGCUGGAAUUACUGCGUUGACUGAGAGUGACUCAUACAAAAGCUUCACAGGUGACAGCUACUGUGAUAGUGCCGUUUACGGGAUAGUGGUGGCUGGUAUGGAGAUGGCAGCCGAGUCGGACGGCAGUGCACUCGAAUCAACUGAAUGUGCUACCACAAUGGGGAUAUGCUGUGCAGCAGAUGCCGGGGAUGACGUUUUGACCACUCAAGUCUGUCAGAUGUUGUUGAGUGUUCAGUUUCAUUCCGAGCUGGUGUGAGUUUGCGAGCAUGGGUGGGAGAUGUAUCAACAAUUUAGUAUAAGGAUUUUUUUUUGAUUGACAAUGAAAUAAUAAAUACCAAUAUUAUACCUCA